AAACAUUGUAAUUCUUUAGUUCGACCCACUGUGCGAUCAGUGUUACAGUUACAUAUUGCACAGAAAUCUCAGGAAGCCUAGGAAACAAUCCAAGAUCAAGGGAAAGUGUAAGGCACUGGUAAUGCGAUGCAGCGGCAUCGCGCGGGGGGUCGUUGUUUCGGAAUUAUUGAGGGGGUCCUUUCACAGCAAAAUCCUAACGGUAUAAAAUCCGACACCACCGUAAACGAAGCCAGUUUAGUUUUAUUCUUUGGCAGGUUCGAAAUUUUUCGAAAAAAACACGAACACACAGCCAUGCAAUUCUACAUUGUCCUCGCAGCAGCAGUUUUCGCGGUAGUGACUGCCCGACCAGGCGGCAGCUACGGACACUACGAAUUGGAGGGCUACGGUGACCACGGUGGCUACGCCAUCGAGGAGCACGGAGGCGGCGAAGAACUCCACGGCCUCGAAGGUAACGAGAUCGAAUCGGGACACGGAGGCGGCCACGGUGGUCAUCACCAAGAAGAAUACAUCGAUUACCAUGCUCCACCGAAAUACCACUACGACUACGCUGUGCACGAUCUUCACACACACGACAUCAAGACCCAAUGGGAGACCCGCGACGGCGACAAGGUAAAGGGAGAAUACACGCUCGUAGAACCAGACGGUUCCAAGAGAAUCGUGAGCUACACGGCCGACAAGCACACCGGAUUUAACGCUGUGGUAAAGAAAAUUGAACACGGUCUUUCGCACUAAUCUGAUCUAAAAAUGGUACAAACACCGAAUUUUGUAUUUAUUUAUUAGUGAUUAUUAUCAGUAUUUUUGUUGAGUAAUUUUAGUUUUAAUUCAUGCAUUCAUUCAUUUCAUUUUUUGUUUUGCCAUAAUUGAUCCAACACAAACGAUACUACGAUCUGUGUUCAUGGUGAUUGAUUCGUCGUUGCACUCAUUUUUUUAGUCCAGUAGUAGUAGUAUAAUUAAUGUUUAUUAGUUUAUAUGUUUAUUUGUAUUUAUAUACUUUAUAAGUUAGAUAGGAUGAGAUGAUUGAUACUCAGAACAGUAUUAUGUAUAUAGGC